AACGUUACAGCGUUCGCAUACAUAUUAUGCAAGAUAUUUUAAAAGUGUGGAUUUGAUCUUACAGUAACAUGGCGUGGCGAUCCACUGAUGCAGUGCACUGGUUUAUGUCAGGGUUGACAUCUCGCAUCGUAGCCCAGUCUGGGCUUCCACACGACAGGUUCCAUCUCGGCAAAAUUAUCCUGCAGAGUCUCAAGGAUUUUCCUGAUGCAGUAAUGCAGAUCGAUGGAGGGACAGGAGAAUCAGAAGCGAAUGCGUCUAUAGUGGAGAGAACAGUAAAAUGUGCUACAGGUUUUAGAAAUGUAGGUUUGAUCCCAGGUGAUGUGAUGGUUCUAAUGGCACCAAAUCAUAUAGAUCUAGCUGUGCCCUUUUAUGCAGGCUUAUACACAGGAGUCAUUGUCGCUGCUGUGGACAGGAGUUUAGGUGCCAAGGAACUGCAAGACACAUUUAGCGUGAGUCGGCCAAAAAUUAUAUUCUGCCAAAGUGAGAAAGCACCGGAAAUACAAGUUGCUCUAAAUGAAAUAGACCUUAAUGCUCUAAUCGUCACUUUCGACAAGGGAGACUAUCUAUGUAGUUUGUCCGAUUUCAUCGCAAAAUACGCUGACGAUACCUCAAUCGAAGAGUUUCAGCCUACAGAUUUCGACCCUGCUGAAACAACCGGGUUCCUUAUAUCCACUAGCGGCACAACUGGUUUGCCAAAAGCAGCAGAAGUUACUCAUAAAAACUUUGUUAUUUCUAUACCAAUGUUUUGGAUACGCUUCAACACUUUCCCUACACCAACUCGCGUGGCUUUGGUUGGUGCUCCGUUGCAGUGGCUGACGGCUCUGUUUCAUUACAUCGCGUCACCAAUAUUCAAAUACAUAAGAUUGCAGACCUCGAUUACUCUCACGCCGGAACAUGCCUACUACCUUAUUAACACGUAUAAGCCUACAUUUACAAUCUUGAGUCCAACGUUAAUGGCAACACUAAUCAAGAAAGAGGCACGAGACCAAUGUGACUUCACCUGUUUUGAACUCAUCAUGUUAGGAGGAAGUGCGGUACCUACAGCACUCAUAGAUGAUAUAAAGAACAUAACGCCAAACACUGAAAUAAGGAACGUGUUCGGCAUGAGUGAAUUGGCCGGAAUAGCGUUCAAUACUGAUUCCCCGCCGCCUGGUUCCUGUGGGAAACCACUGGCGUGCUUCCAAUAUCGCAUAAGUAACGUGGAUACGCAAAAAGAAAUUGUCGAACCCAAUACGCCAGGCGAACUUUGGCUUAAAGGCCCUGGCAUUUUCAAAGGAUAUUACGACAAUAAGAAAGCAACAGAAGAGGCAUUCGAGGACGGCUGGUUCAAAACAGGCGAUAUGUUCUACCGAGAUGAAAACUGGAACUAUUUCUUUUUGGAGCGAAUCAAAUUGCUUUUAAAAUACAAAAGCUACCAGAUAUCACCAGUGGAAGUGGAAAAUGUGAUAAGGCAACAUCCUGGUGUACUGGACGUAGCUGUGACUGGUAUACCCGAUGCAGAGAGUGGAGAUCUACCUGUAGCUUGUGUUGUGACGCGGGAUGGUCACGAUGUCUCCGUGGAAGAAAUUAAGAACUUAGUUAGAGACUCGUUGUCGGACUCAAAGCAACUACGUGGUGGUGUGAUAUUCCUCAACAGCAUCCCUAUGACGGCGUCCACCAAGGUCCACAGAAGACAACUUAAAGAAUUAGUGCUCAAACUAGAAAGGCUAUAAAGUCACACUAGUAAUAUUAUAUUGUACACACUAAUAAUAUAACAUGACACAGGCAAAAGUGUAUUAAUAUUAAAUAUCAAUACUUACCCAGUUUCCGCACCACCGAACCGAACUACCUACUCAAUGAUCAAAAUCGUGCAAAUCUCUUAAAGACUGGGACGCAAUUGAUAAGGGUGAUUCGGCAACAGCAGAUUAUAAUUCAGUUAAUAAAAUUAAUUUAAUACUAAA